CAAGCCAAAACCGUCGCCUCGAAGGGGUCGGAGAAUUUAUCGUUGCAAGUGAGAAAAAGUAAAGGAAAACCCGCAAAUAUGGUCCUCUGUAUGGCAGCGUGCCGGUGGCGGUGAUUUCACAAUUUUCCUUCCCGAGCUGGAAGGGCGCAUAAAGGGGGAAAUUCAACGAGUGCGUGCGUGUGUGUAUGUGUGUGUUUGUGCCCAAGUGCGAAGAGGCCGCAUUGUGUUCGAGUGUUUGUGUGCCGCGCGUGUGUGUGCAAUAACGUGAGGAAGCAACGAAAGGUGGCCACAAAAUCUCACACCCCACGAGAAAAGCGCGCAGGCUACGGAAAAUACCGUGCCGUGUACCCUAACCACCUCAACACAACCCUUCACCCGCGACCGCCACGGUGCCUAUGUGGCUGUGUGCACGUGUGCGUGCCCAUGUGUGUGCGCGCGAGUGAACGUGCGCGCUUGUGUGUACCAGAUAUGCGUGUGCUUGUGUGACACCAGUUGGUGCCAGUUGCAAGGCCAGAGUGCGAGGGCCAGGGCAGCCCUUUGGGUAGUGCGAUAAGGGCGAUCGCAUCCAAAACAUACCGUCUGCGAAACGCGGCACACGAGGGAACCGCGAACAGCUGAAAGCGAACCUCACAAGAACCGGUGGGAAAACAGAAAAAGAGAGAUUGUGAGAAAAAGAGAGAGAGAAAGAGAGUGGCCCAGUAACACAAAAGUACGCACUCUGAGAGACAGCACACUGGCCACGAGCGGAAGCAGUGGAACGGAGCAAACCGGAAACAGGACACGGUGCAACAACAGCUAGGCUAAAGCGAUGACUGCGAUAUGAGUGCCCAGGGGGGCUCCCUAGGGGCUCCAACAUUGGGUGAUCGUCGAUCUCCUUACAUUGGAGGCUAUCCCGACAUUCAACACCAUCAGCAGCAUCAGCAGCAUCAGCAGCAACAGCAGCAACAGCAUCAUCACAAUCAGCACCAGCAGUUGCACAAUCCUCAUCACGACUACCACCGAGGUGCGCUCCACCCAGACGGCAGUGUAGCUGGCUAUCUGGACGUAAAGCAGCAGCAGCAGCAGCAGCAACAGCAGCAAAAGGGCUACGGAAAGCAGCCUCAAACUCACCAGCGAGCGGCCACCGGAGCAACGGCAUUGCGAACGGCUGCCGGAGCUGGACACGGUUUCAACGGUCAAAGUAUGGUGGCAGCGGCUGGCGGACAGCAGGGCAACAUGGACGUCGGCUAUAACCCGCAGAUGAACAACAUGGCGAUGCAUUCGCAAUCGUCGUGGAAUCAGAUGAAUGGCAUGAACCAAAUGGGCGGCAUGGGUGGCCAGAUGAAUGGCAUGAACCAGAUGGGAGGUGGAGGUGGUGGCGCAGGUUCCGGAGGUGCGGGAACCGGCAUGGGACCAAUGAGUCAGAUGGGUUCCGGAGCUGGUGGUGGCGGUGGUGGAGGUGGAGGUGGUGGUGGUGGCAUGGGUGGAGGAGCCACUGGCAUGCCGAUGAAUCAGAUGGGUGGUGGCGGCGGAGGAGGUGGUGCAGGUGGAGGUGGAUACGGACGGCAUCACCAGCAGAUGAACCCGAUGGCGCAGAUGAUGAACAUGGGCAUGGGUAUGGGUGGUGGCGGGGGUGGUGGUGGAGGAGCCGGAGCCGGUCAGAUGGGUCCAGGUGGAGCAGGUCCAGGAAUGAACGGAAUGGCGGCAGCUGCUGCAGCAGCUGCAGCAGCAGCUCAGAUGGGUGGCAUGAACCCUCUCAGCCAGAUGAACCAGAUGUCACCGAUGUCAAAGAUGCAGGGUAUGGCGAAUGGAUAUCCUCAGCAUCCUCGAAGGAUGGCUCCAUAUCCGAACCCACAGAUGCAGAUGGCACAGAAACGCUCGAUGUACGGCAUGGGUCAGGGACAAGGAAUGCCAGGAGCUGGUGGACCUUUUCCACCUCAUCAAGCGGCGGCAGCAGCAGCUGCGGCAGCUGCUGCAGGUGUUCCCCUACCGAUGCAAGCCAAUGCCGGUUAUGGACGACAUCAUGGGCCAAUGGGACCGAUGAACUAUCGUGGAGGUCCUCCGAUGAUGCAGCAACGGCAAAACACACCACCAUACGGUCCGGGACCGGGUAUGGGUGUAGGAGUGGGUGGACCUGUCGGUGCACCCGGUCCGCUCAUGGGCCACCAACAACAGCAGCAACAGCACCAACAGCAACAACAACAUCACCAACAACACCAUCAGCAGCAACAGCAGCAGCAGCAGCAGCAGCAGCAGCAACAGCAGCAGUAUUACAACACGGGCUACCAGAACAUGCAGGGCUACCAGCCGGACAUUCGCAUGAACUUCCAGCACAGUCCGGUACCCGGCAAUCCGACACCCCCGUUGACGCCCGCUUCUUCCAUGACGCCCUACAUCAGCCCCAAUCCGGACGUGAAGCCAAACAACCUACCGCAGAAAGAUGAAGAGCUCCGGUUGACGUUCCCGGUGCGGGACGGUAUUCUGCUGCCACCGUUCCGGCUCGAGCACAACCUCGCGGUUAGCAACCACGUGUUCCAGCUGAAAUCGACCGUCUACAACACGCUCAUGUGCCGGCCGGAUCUCGAGCUGCAGUUGAAGUGUUUCCACCACGAGGACCGGCAGAUGAACACGAACUGGCCAGCGAGCGUACAGGUGUCGGCUAACUCGACUCCACUCGAGAUCGACCGAGGUGACAACAAGAACACACACCGGCCACUCUAUCUGAAACAGGUCUGCCAACCUGGCCGCAACACGAUCCAAAUCACCGUCAGCACGUGUUGCUGUUCACACUUGUUCGUGCUGCAGUUGGUACACCGACCAUCGGUUAAUCACGUGCUGCACACGCUGUUGAAGCGCAACCUGCUGUCGGCUGAACAGGCUGUGGCCAAAAUCAAGCGCAACUUCGCCGUAAGCCAUGCAGCUAACCCCAACCAACCGUUGGGAGGUCCUAACGGCCCGGACAAGGACCCAUUGGCCGUGGAACCGUCGGCAACAUCCGCUAAGGUUUCACUCAAGUGUACCGUCACCACGAAGCGGAUAACAUUGCCGGCACGUGGUCACGACUGUAAGCACAUCCAGUGUUUCGAUCUGGAGGCCUACCUUGCGCUCAACUGCGAGCGUGGCAACUGGCGAUGUCCGGUGUGCAAUAAACCGGCACUAACAGAGGGGCUUGAAAUUGACCAGUACAUGUGGGCGAUACUGAACACGCUCAACUCCUCCCACACCCCGAACGGCAUGGACACGGAGGAGGUGAUCAUCGAUGCGCAAGCGAAUUGGCGUGCGAUCAAGCCACCGGGAAGCGUCAACAAUCCUAACCUCGGCGGUAGCCUCAACCCACAGGCACAACCGACCCAACAGCAACAUCCACAGCAACAGCAACAACCACCAAUGCAGCAUCAACAACCGGCACCACCCGCAGUGGAACCGAGUGGUGGCAAUGGUCGUGGUCCCGGAACACCCGGUCUGCCCGUCAUCAAACCCGACCCGGAUGGUGCAGAUGCGAAGCACUUUAGCAAGGUGAUGUCACCCGGCUCUACCUCGCUGCCCACGUGGGACAACAUGAACGCGAUGAGCCCGUACAUGAGCCCGGACAUGAGCUCGAUCGCUAGUGGCAGCAUGAUGGGAUCAAAUUACAACCGAACGCCACAAUACGACUCGUACGGUAAUCCCAUCAUCAAGCAGGAACCGGGCACUGGUCCGGGAACGGCUGGUGGACCCGGUAACAAUGGACCGGGCACACCCGGUGGCAGUGAAUUCCACAGUGGCAAUCCUCUAGCCCAUCUGAGCGACUCCGUCAACUCGCUCGAUCCGCUCAAUGCGAUGGAAAAAUCGUUGAACGAUCAGAUGCCCCAUACGCCACACACACCGCACACUCCUGGCGGUGGCAACUCGUCCGGUCAUCCCAUGACCCCGGGUGGACCACCAAGUGUACCACCGGCGAACGACAUCAACGCCCCAAACCCGCAGCAACAAUCCAGCAACGCACCGAACGGUGCCACUGGUCCAAACAGCAAUGGCAGCAGUGGUGGAGCUGGUCUGAGCCACAGCCCUGGCCAUGCCAUGCAGCUUCACUCUCCCCAGCAGCAACAGCAACACCCCAACAACAUGGGUCUCGGAGCCAACAACCCGGCGGCGAACAUCAUGAACUCACCCCAAAGCCUAAUGAACUCGCCGCAAAACAUGAUGAACUCCCCGCAGAGCAUGAUGCAGCAACAGCAGCAGCAGCAGCAGCAGCAAAAUCUCCUCUCACUGGGCUCGAUGAUGGGCCAGCAGCAGCAACAAAGCCACCAGAACGCGCUUGCCGGAUUGACCGACGUUGAUCUGCCGGCAGAUCUCAACUUCGACCCGGCGGCCGUCAUUGAGGGCGAGGGAGGCAACGAUCUUAACCUGCUGCCCGACAACGGUAUCGUGGAUCCGAUGGAGCUGCUCUCCUAUCUGGACCCGCCGGAUCUGAACACGCCACCCUCGAGCGGUUCCAGCAACAACGCCAACAGCGACGACAUCCUGGCCGCGCUCUUCGAUUAA